UGUAAAUACACAACCGGAAGUGUAGAUGGCGGAAAUUUUAAUAGUAUAAUCUUUCAAAACAUGGAAUUAUUAGCAAUUAAAAGUAUUGUUAGUAAGAUUAAAGGUGCAGAUAUAUUUCAAAUUUUAGAUAAAUGGAAGUUCUUGAAAAAAUCGGAGGUGGAAGACAUCAAAUCUCUGGCAAAGUCUGAGAGAAAAACUAAGCUAAAUAUAGCCACAGAUAUUGCUGAAUUUUGCAAGAAUAAGGAUGGCCUUACAAUGGAAGCUGUGGGGGAACUGGAACUUAUAUGUGUUCAGAGCUUUCCUGCCAAGAAACAAUGGUGUGUCUAUCAUCUGACAGAAGAAUGUAAGAAGGCCACAACCACAGACCCCAGCAAGUUCAAAACAAAGCUGAAGAAACAGAUCAGGCUCUACUUCAACAAGGAGUACAGUGUGUCAGUGUUGCUGCACCAUGGUCUGCUGUGGGGGUGUGUCCAGAUGCCCCCACCCCGGAGGCGGCGCGGGUACGAGCCCAGACACAACCUCUACUUCAUUCACUACCCCCACAGUCCUGUCAUCAUCUUCUCAGGGCUCAAAGCAGCACAUGAAAACUUCAUAUCACAGUGCUUGGUUGUCACACUAGGUUUCCGACAGAUCACAGAGAUGAGCCUCUCUGGGCGAGACUACCCUUCCUUGGCCCAGCUCGCCAUGAACAAGUACAUGCAGGGCGGGUUCACCAAGUAUGUCAGCAUGCACAUGUCUGAAGGCCCGCUGUGUGACCUCACCUCCCGGAAGAGAAAAGCUGUGAGGGAGGUGGAUGAUGGUGUAACAGACCUAGAAGCUGGUGAGAAGCGGCGCCGCCUGGAAACUCUUGCGGACAGCUUUGGGGACAAUGUGCAACCUACACUGGAGAGGGUCCAGUUCAGAGUCGAGCUACCGUACCGCAGUAAAAGGGUUGCUACUGAACUACAGGGAGACGGAGAGCUGUUUCACAGUAAGGUUCGCUUCCAGGGGACCAGUGUGCUCGAGGGAAUUCGGAGCCUUGCAGAGGCUGGCUACGCCACAGUGCCCCUUCCUAAACACCUCACCAUCAUCCCAACACGCGCCCGUAACAGCUUCUUGCUUGCCCGGCCCAGCAGACAGGCUGCCACCACUGGUGCCGCAAGCAGUAGGGGAGAUAUUGCAAAAAAUGGUAGCGACCAUAUGAAUAAGUCAAGAAAUGUGAGCAAAAGCAUGGAACCCACGAUAACAGUUAACAAGAGUGGAAAUAAGUCAUCCGAACAGAAUAAGGAAAGGGCUAAGUCAGGACGAGGAAGAAAAAAGUGAAAAGUGCCAUAUAGUCAUUGAAUCUACCAAAUUGAUUUGUUUCUUAUUGCAACUUUUUGUCUUUGUAAAAGCUUUCUGAUUUGAAAUUUUGGCAAUGAUCAGCGUUGCCUAAUAAUUUGCUUUAAAUUGUUUGUGUUUGUUAAGGACACUGUUUAACAGGUACAUUUAGAUUUUAAUGUAUUCAUUUAGAAUACCAAUACAUGUAUAUUUUCAGUUAAGUUGAUGGUGCAUUUGUGUUUUAUUUGGUUGUUUACUUAUUUUAAUAUACUUUGAUUUAAAAGGAAGGACUUUUAUGCAAAAACUAUUUGACUUUCUUUUUAUUUUGGAUUUUUGUUUUUUACUAUUAAUAAUUAUUAAACAUGUUUUAAUAAAUAAAAACAGCAAACAAGCCUCAUGUUUAAAUAGUUUAAGAUCAGUAUAAGUUGUAAAUUGCUGACAAACGCUUUUAAACCAAAGAACUACAACUAUAGUGGGGAAAGAGAUGUUUUUUUACUACAUCCUAACUACAAAUCAAAAUCUAUACAUGUCAUUUGC